AUGUCUUUCUCGUCUUCCACUUCGUCUUCUCAACCCAAGUUUCGCGUUGCGAUCUGUGGCGGCGGUCCCGGCGGCCUCACUCUCGCUGUUGCCCUUUCCAAGUUUAACAGCUCGACCUCACCUCUCUCGAUUGAUCUAUAUGAAUCGCAACCCGAAGUGGCAACGGUCGGGGCCGGGAUCGCUAUUUGGUUGAGAACGCAGACGAUACUUAAGGGUUUGGGCAUUAUGGACGCGUUGAAGGCUGAGUUUAGGGACGAGGGCGGUGAGGGUGACUUAGGGAUUAAGUUUCGGAAGUGCGAUGAACCAGGCGGUGGAUACGAUUUUUAUACGCUUCAACAUCCGGUUCAUCCGCUCCUAAUCCACCGCUCCGCUCUCCUCAAACCUCUCGAACUCGCCCUCUCUUCUUCCCCCUCCUGCACAGUCCACACCUCAAAAAAACUCGUCUCCUACUCCUAUCUCUCCCUCUCCUCCUCCUCCUUCGGAAACACCAACGGCCCAAUAACGCUCCACUUCACCGAUGGCACCACCGCAGAAACGGACAUCCUGAUCGGCGCGGAUGGAAUUCGAAGCUCCGUCCGACGAGGAAUGUUCGGGCAUCUUUAUUCGAGGGCUUCGUUGGAGAGUGGGUUGUCGGACCAAGAUGUGAAGUUGAAGCAGAGGGUGGAACCGAGGUGGAGCGGGACGGUGGCGUAUCGGGCGUUGAUCACGAAGGAGCGGUUGGAGGGUCUGCGGAAGAGUGAGGGAAAUAAGGGAGGGAGGAAUUAUCUGGAGCUGAGGAUGCCUGUUAGCCACCUCGUAGUCUACCCCAUCUCGCGCGGCACCGUCCUCAACAUCGUCGCCUUCGUCACCGUCCCUUCCGCGUUCUCCACUCGACAGUCAUACCCCGAUAAAUCGUGGGUCAAGGAUGUGGAUGUGCAGGAGUUCAAGGACGCAUUCGACGGGUUUGAGGACGAGGUCGGCGAGUUGAUUCAGGCCGUCGACGCGGUGUCAAAAUGGGCGAUCCAUAUCCAUGGAGAUAUGCCGCGGUAUGUAAAUGAGCAGGGCAACGUCGCGAUAUUGGGCGAUGCGGCCCAUGCAAUGGAGACUCAUCUAGGAACGGGUGCGGGUCAGGCUAUGGAGGACGGCUACCUCCUCGCCCGCCUCCUCACCCACCCACUCACAACCCUCUCCACCCUCCCCACCGCACUCAAAAUCUACGAACGCAUAAGACUUCCGUUCGUGAAUGGAAUCGUCAACACGGCGAGGAGGCUGGGUGAAUUGUAUGAGUUUGAGGGGAUUGAGGUGUCGAAGGCGGAUUUGGGGUGGGUGGAGAAGUGGGGAGAGGAGGUGAAGAGGAGUUGGGGGUGGCAGUGGGAGGGGGAUGCGCCGGAGAGAGAUUGGAAGGUUGCAGAGGGGAUGUUGAAGGAGGCUUUGGCGAAGGGAGAAUGA